AUGGUUCUUCGUCCGCUCGUCGUCAACGCGAGCGGCUCCCCAGCCAUCGCGGCGGCGGCAGCGGCAACGGCUGCGGCGGCGACGGUGAGCAACGGCAGCAACUCGCAGCUGCCGCCGCACGAGAACGCGACGGGCGAGCCGGCCGUCAGCAUCCCGGCGUCGGUGUUCGUCGCCAUCUUCCUGUCGCUGAUCAUCGUCAUGACGAUAGCGGGUAACGUGCUCGUUGUGCUGUCCGUGUUCACCUACAAGCCGCUGCGGCAGGUGCAAAACUUUUUCAUCGUGUCGCUGGCCGUCGCCGACAUGCUCGUCGCCGCACUCGUUAUGCCCUUCAACGUCGUCUACUCGAUCGCCGGCUAUUGGGUUUUCGGCGACGUCUUCUGCUACAUGUGGCUGACGUGCGACGUACUCUGCUGCACGGCGUCGAUCCUUAACCUGUGCGCUAUCGCGCUCGACCGCUACUACGCGAUACACGACCCGCUGAACUACGCGCAGAAGCGCACGAAGCGACGCGUGCUCACCAUCAUCUUCUUCGUCUGGUUCAUCAGCUCGCUCAUCUCCGUGCCGCCGCUCAUCGGCUGGAACGAUUGGUCGGAGGAGGCGCAGGUGUCCGUGCUCGAGGAGUGCAAGCUGACGGAGGAGCGCGGCUACAUCAUCUACUCGUCGUCCGGCUCCUUCUACAUACCGCUCAUCAUCAUGGCGACCGUGUACGUGAAGAUCUUUCUCGCCACGAGGCGGCGUCUGCGCGAGAAGAGGAAGGUCGCCAAGCAGGUGUACAGCAACACGCCGAUGUCGCGUCCGAUCAAGUCCGAAGUCGAUCCGUCGUCGUCGGAUCCGCCCAGCGAGACGCUCGGCGGCGAAACGGCGGCCGACACCAACGCCAGCGAUCUGACGAUGAGGUUUCCGGCAGAGUUCUGCGCGACGCCCGGCGAGAAGCUGCCGUUGCAGGCGCUGCAGGAGCCGCUCAAGCCGCCGACGCCGUUGACACCGCCGCCGCCGACGUCAAAGCCGACGACGCGUAAGGCGGCGAGCGGCAGAAACGGCGCGCACGCGGCGAAGAACGGCGACCGGCAGACGAACGCAAAGAAGCCGGCGAAGAGUCACUUCUACGGCUUUCUCGAGGAGAAGCAGAAGAUCUCGCUGUCGAAGGAGCGGCGCGCCGCUAAGACGCUCGGCAUCAUCAUGGGUGUGUUCGUGCUCUGCUGGCUGCCGUUCUUCCUCAUGUACGUCAUCCUGCCGUUCUGCGCCGGAUGCCAGCCGCAGGUCGCCGUCAUCAACUUCAUCACGUGGCUCGGCUACGUCAACUCGGCGCUCAAUCCCGUGAUAUACACGAUAUUUAAUAUCGACUUUCGACGAGCGUUUCAGAAGCUGCUGAGCGUCAAGUGUUGAUCUCGCAGCGCGGUGACAAAAAUUAAUGGAAUCGCGUGCGUUUUGCGUUCAAAAACCAACCCUCCUGUUGUGGACAAACCAUUGCGUGUUAUACCCAUUGUGCGCGCGCGUGUGUGCGCGUGUGGGUGUGGUUAUAGCAGGCAUAGCGACGAAGGAAUGGUUACGAGACACAUGUCACGGUAUAGUAAUCAAACGCGGAGAAGAUCAUUAAUCAAUUAAUUAAUAAAUAUAUAAUUAUCGACCCCCACCUACAGAUUAAAGCUCGUGUAUACACUUUCGCAGGCGCCAUCUUGUGGUGAAUGCCACUAUCACAAAAGGCUCUUAAGGAAUAACGAAAAACAGCACGAAACCCGAUGUGAAUAGAAACAACAUGUCGUUUAAAACACAAGGUAUUUGUAAUGACAAUGUGAUGCACCGUAUAUGACCCUCAAGGUGUAUGGACACGCGAUCCAGCUAAUGUAACGCAAUAAUGGGAAACGACGUGGGUAAAAGCUACAGGUAACGAUAAUGUAUCUAGUCCCCCAAGGCAAAUGUAAUCUUCACAAAUGUCGAGCUUCGCUCCUAAAUCAUAUUUCUUAUUAAUGACAUCAUUACGCUUGCCUUUCAUCUGGAAUUGUCGGUAAACGUAGGUGUCGCAGGGCUUUUACUGUGAGUGGCUUCGUCAUAGUUAAAAACGUGAAAAUUCAACGCCGCGUACCACAACAACGCCGUGGAAACACUUGUAAUA